AUGGGCGGGCGAGUGUCCAACGAGGUAUUAUUCCUCCCCGGUUUCCCCGCCCCCGUUGACGCCGCCGAGGACGACGAAGCGGUCGAGGAUGGAGUUCGGCCUGGAGAAGAUGAGGUUACGGUCUGCCGCGGCCAGCCCGGGAAUGGAACCUUGACGGGUGUCGAAUUGGAUGCGGACGCUCCGCCUGGGAGUCAGUGUGGAGUUUCUCGACGUGCACCGACGGAUUCCGUCGCCACUGCCUCGUCCGUCUUGCGAACCUCGGGUUAG